UAUAUAAGCUGUAUUACUAUAAAGUUUCAUCAUAAUCCGUUUCGUAAUUUUUGCGUGAAGCGUGAAAAAAUAACAAACAUCCAUCCAUCCAUCCAUCUAUCCAUAGGUCUCACAAACUUUCCCCUUUAUAAUAUUAAAAAAAUUGAGGUCGGUUUCAUAUCGCAGAUAUAUUUGAUAGCAAUAGUGAACAGGCCACCGAUUGCUGACUGUCGCAUUGAUUCGAUUUGUUAUUGAUGUCUCUUAAUGAAUGAUUAUGAAAUGGUGCAUGUACGUGCGCUAACGGUAUAUGCUGGCAAAGCAGGAAUAAAAGCUGACUAUCGAGUUUGAUCCUAUGUGUGACAAAGAAAAUCCGCAACGGAUAUCUUUCGAGGAUGUCUCCGCCGCAGCCUUCAGGAUUCAAAGCGGAAUUAGAAAAACGCCUUGUGUGAAAUCACAUAUGUCUGCAAUAUAUGGUAUGGACAUUUACCUAAAGAAUGACUUCCUGCAACACACAGGAAGCUUCAAAGAGCGAGGUGCGAGAAACGCUUUACUGCUACUUUCGCCAGAAGCAAAAAAAUGUGGUGUUAUCUCUGCUUCAUUAGGAAACCACUCCCAAGCUAUGAGCUACCAUGCCAAUUUAUUGCAAAUCCCAGUGACCGUGGUUAUGCCAAAUGUAGCGCCUAUCAUGAAAAUACAGAAAUGCCAGUCUUAUGGUGCUAAUGUUAUAAUACAUGGAAACGACAUGAAGGAAGCUAAAUAUCAUGCCAUGAUGCUCGCUAAAGAGAGACAGCUUACAUAUAUUAAUGGUUAUGAUCACCCACACAUUAUGUCUGGACAAGGAACAGUCGGGCUCGAGAUUUUGGAACAAGUGCCUGAUGUUGACGCUGUUCUGGUACCGGUGGGUGGCGGGGGACUGUUAGCCGGGGUUGCCACUGCUAUAAAACACCUUAAUCCAAAUGUUCUUAUAUAUGGUGUGGAGACGGAGAAAUGUCCUAGUAUGAAGGUGGCUAUCAAGAAUGAAGGACCCGUAAGUGUCGAAAUCAAAUCGACCCUUGCAGAUGGACUCGCUGUCCCUACUAUGGGGUAUAACGCAUUCCUCACUGCCAAAACAAUCAUGGACAAACUGAUAACAGUAAAUGAAGAUUGGCUUGCUCGAGCUAUAUUACGGCUGGUAGAGCAAGAGAAGUAUGUGGUGGAAGGCGGUGGUGCUGUAGGUGUAGCGGCUAUAAUGGCAGGUCUUGUGCCAGAGCUCGCUAACAAAAAAGUAGUGUGCAUUCUAUCCGGUGGUAAUAUCGAUACCACGAUCUUAGGACGGUGUCUGGAACGCGGCCUUGCAGCUGAACAGAGAUUAGUGAAAUUCAAAGUAACAGUCAGUGACCGACCGGGCGGUAUCGCAGAGCUGUGCAAGAUGAUCGCCUCUAUAGGAGUCUCCAUAAAAGACAUUAUGCAAGAACGUGCAUGGGUUUACGGCGAUAUUUUUAGUGUUCAGGUAAAAGUAGUGUGCGAGACCCGAGGACCAGAACACAAAAAGGAACUGCGAGCAUUAAUCUCAAAUUUAUAUAAGGAAUGGUACUUUGCAGGAGACUACGACGAAAGGUUACGAAGGAUUUCAAAUGUUACUGAAAGCGAUGUGGCAUAGUAUAUACCUAUAAUAUUGUAUAAUAAUUAUAACCCGUUAAUUAUACCUAAACUAUAUGAAUAAUGAUUUCAUUGGACAAUUCACACAACGCCAUAUACCUAGUCCCAAGCUAAGCAGAGCUUGUGUUAUGUGUACUGGACAACUAAUAUAAGUACUUAUAUACACUUUUUUGUAAAAUAAAACAUACAUAGCACGACACGUUGGUGCUUACUCACAGGAAUUAGGUUUAAAAUAAUUUCUUCUCAAUCGCGUAAUAAUAAUUAAAUAAUGUAUAUUUAAGAUAUACGUGUAAGUAAUGUGUGUAAGUUAAAGUUAACAAUUUUGAAAAUUAUAUA